CGCUGCCCUCCGCCACCGUUCGCUCCGUCGGACCUGCCCUUGUCUGCGUCGCCCUCGUGCGAGGAAGGAGGGGGCGCAGCAGCGACGACCCUUGCUGCCCUCGCGUGAGCAAGGGCGCAGGCGGCCUCCGCUAUCGGCCGCGGGAGAGGGAUUCGCACUUCUUAUAAUAUUUAUAAUUUGAGGAGGUCAUAUGUGAUAUUAUCAUCCCAUAGGGUUGUAUAGGUAUAUUUGCCAAACCUAGGGUUUUAGGCGGCUCUGCUCCGUCGCGCUAAGUUUGACGAUCUCAAGGAGAACCCUAAUAACCCCAUUUAGGGUUCUUCCUCAUCUCGGUUACCCUCUCCACAAUGUCGUCACUGAAGAGAAAAGCCCUUGAGGAUUCCAAUCCGGAGUUCGUGCCACCCUCUAAAUCACCCAGGGAAGCGGCGGUGGUCCGCCUCGACGAGCCGGUGGCGUGCCUCCAUGACGUCUCCUACCCCGAUGGCUACGCGGCCCCGACGCGGCCCCGCCCUGCCUCCGAGAAUUCGAAGACUCCGGCCAGAGAGUUCCCUUUCGAGCUCGACCCCUUCCAGUUGGAAGCCAUCAAGUGCCUGGACAGUGGUGAAUCCGUCAUGGUCUCGGCACAUACAUCAGCAGGGAAGACAGUCGUUGCAUUGUAUGCAAUUGCCAUGUCUUUGCGAGAUCAGCAACGCGUCAUCUAUACCUCACCCAUCAAGGCCCUCAGCAACCAAAAGUACAGGGAAUUUAAAGAAGAGUUUUCAGAUGUUGGUCUCAUGACUGGGGAUGUAACCAUAGAACCUAAUGCCUCUUGCUUGGUUAUGACCACUGAAAUUUGGCGUAGUAUGCAGUAUAAAGGAUCAGAAAUUAUGCGGGAGGUGGCUUGGGUUAUUUUUGAUGAAGUCCACUACAUGCGUGAUAGAGAGCGAGGUGUAGUAUGGGAAGAAAGCAUUGUUAUGGCUCCUAAGAACUCACGUUUUGUGUUUCUCUCUGCUACGGUUCCUAAUGCUAAGGAGUUUGCAGAUUGGGUUGCAAAGGUUCAUCGAAAACCAUGCCAUAUAGUUUAUACAGAUUAUCGACCUACACCACUUCAGCACUACAUUUUUCCUUCUGGGGGCAAUGGCCUAUAUUUGGUAGUGGAUGAGAAGGGAAAGUUUAGAGAGGACAGUUUUCAGAAAGCUUUGAAUGCCCUUGUUCCAGCUGAGGAGAACAAACGUGAUAAUGGAAAAUGGCAGAAGGCUUUAUUAGCUGGUAAGCCUCGUGAGGAAAGUGACAUAUUUAAGAUGGUGAAGAUGAUAAUUCAGCGCCAAUAUGAUCCUGUUAUACUUUUCAGCUUUAGCAAAAGGGAAUGUGAGUUUCUUGCAAUGCAGAUGGCAAAGUUGGACUUAAAUGAAGAAGAUGAAAAAGUGAAUAUUGAAACAAUAUUUUGGAGUGCCAUGGAUAUACUUUCUGAUGAUGACAAGAAGUUACCUCAGGUAUCAAAUAUGCUGCCCUUGUUAAAACGUGGAAUUGGUGUACAUCAUUCUGGUCUACUUCCAAUUCUGAAAGAAGUGAUUGAAAUACUUUUUCAAGAGGGUCUCAUCAAGUGUUUAUUUGCAACAGAAACCUUCAGCAUUGGUUUGAACAUGCCUGCAAAGACUGUAGUAUUUACAAAUGUACGCAAAUUUGAUGGUGAUAAAUUUCGAUGGAUAUCAAGUGGUGAGUAUAUUCAAAUGAGUGGACGUGCUGGCCGUCGAGGCAUAGAUCAGCGUGGCAUCUGUAUUUUAAUGGUGGAUGAAAAAAUGGAGCCAUCCACUGCUAAAUUAAUGGUUAAAGGAAGUGCUGAUAGUUUAAACAGUGCCUUCCACUUAAGCUACAACAUGCUGUUGAAUCAAAUAAGGUGUGAAGAUGGUGACCCGGAAAAACUUCUUCGAAAUUCAUUCUACCAAUUUCAAUCUGAUCAAUCUCUUCCUGAUCUUGAGAAACAAUUAAAGGAAUUAAAAAUGGAGAGAGAUUCUAUGGUUAUUGAAGAGGAGGAGAGCUUGAAGGACUAUUAUAAUCUAUUACAGCAGUACCGAAGCUUAAAGAACGAUGUCCGUGAUAUUGUAUUCUCCCCGAAGUACUGUUUGCCGUUCUUGCAGCCUGGCCGGCUUGCUAGAAUCCGUAUAGUUGGUGAUGACAAGAUGCCAUCUUUCUCCGGCGAGGAACAGGUUACGUGGGGAGUAAUAAUUAGCUUUGAGAGGGUAAAAGGCUCAGCUGAAGAUAGAAGACCUGAGGAUGCUAAUUACACAUGUGAUGUCCUCACAAGAUGUGUCGUGAAUAAGGAAGGAAUGAAGAAAACAACGAAGAUUGUUCCUUUAAAUGAACGCGGAGAACCUGUUGUUGUUUCGUUGCCUCUCUCUCAGGUUGAUAGUUUAAGCAGUAUCCGUCUUUUCAUUCCAAAGGAUCUCUUGCCACUAGAAGCUCGGGAGAAUACUCUGAAGAAGGUUUCAGAAGUUCUUUUAAGAUUUGCCAAAGAUGGGAUACCUCUUUUAGAUCCUGAGGAGGAUAUGAAAGUACAAUCAAAUUCGUAUAGAAAAGCUAUUAGAAGGAUUGAGGCUAUCGAAAGCUUAUUCCUCAAGCAUGAAAUCAGAAACUCACUGCUUAUUGAACAAAAACUGAAGGUUUUUCAUUCUAAGCAAGAUUUGACAGCCAGAAUCAAGUCGAUAAGGAAAGCAUUGCAAACUUCAACAGCACUUGCCUUCAAAGACGAGCUUAAAGCAAGGAAACGGGUUCUCCGUAGACUGGGAUAUAUUACCAGUGAGGAUGUUGUGGAGCUGAAGGGCAAGGUAGCCUGUGAGAUAAGCAGUGCUGAUGAACUAACACUAACUGAACUUAUGUUUAGCGGGAUACUGAAAGAUGCCAAUUUGGAGGAGAUGGUAGCCCUGCUUUCGUGUUUUGUCUGGCAGGAGAAGCUGCAAGAUGCCCCUAAGCCAAGGGAAGGGCUUGACCUGCUUUAUUCUCAGCUGCAAGAAAUAGCAAGAAGGGUUGCCAAUGUUCAACUUGAAUGCAAGAUCCAAAUCGACGUCGAGAAUUUUGUCAACGCUUUUCGUCCAGACAUCAUGGAAGCUGUCUAUUCAUGGGCCAAAGGAUCAAAAUUUUAUCAGAUCAUGGAAGUAGCUCAAGUUUUCGAAGGUAGCUUAAUCAGGGCUAUUAAAAGGCUGGAGGAAGUUCUGCAACAGCUAAUUCUGGCAGCAAAAUCUAUCGGAGAAAUUGAAUUAGAAUCCAAAUUCGAAGAGGCUGUUACAAAAAUUAAGCGAGACAUUGUGUUUGCUGCAUCUCUAUAUUUGUAGUAGGAAAAGCAGACUGAUGCAGCAUGUACUAAUGCUUAUUAUGUGGGUUGAGCAGUUGGUUUCAUUGGUUUCCAAAACGAUCAUUGUACAGAAUGAGACAUUUCAAGGUUGAAAUGGAUGGGAGAGGAAGAGGAGCCACCGCAGGUUCAGUUUUGACCCUAUCAAACAUAACGAAAAAGUGAAUUUUAUUAUUGUAAUUUCAGUGAUGAUUGGAAGUCUUUUUUUUUUC